CCAGGCAGCUGACCAGCUCCGCGGUCUCCUCUAUCUUGUCUUUCUCUCUUUCUGAGCCAAAGGAGUGUGUGUGUGUGCUCAAGUGUGUGUGGAAAUAAAAACACACCCUGCUACCACUGGUGCUACUGAGCCUUUCUGACACGGGGCUCUUUUUUGGGGAAUUGAAAUCAUCUAUCCAACAUAUUGGAUUUAUCCUGCGGAGUGACUUUUUUCUGUGAGGAUAUACAUUUUUGAUUUUCCCUUUUUGAAUAACUGCUUUGGCUGGAAGUUUAGCAUGUGAGAAGGAGUGGGCGUCUGCACGUCAAGCACAGGUUUCGUGAAACGAGAGCCAGAGAGGCGGAGUGCUAUUGCAGCACAGAAGAUUCUGCUUACAAGCCACUAGGCUGGAUACUUUAUUCAUGUUCGGGCCAGGAGCAAGGCUACAGGAUCCCAGGCUGACUUUAGGGCAGGACUUCAGAACCGAACCACCCUGGAUUUGAGCCCACAGUACUGCAGGCAGACAGGGCUCAGUCCGAUUUAUGGCUUUAACACCAUGACCAGUCUGCUUCAGGAGAUACAGGAGCAGUUAACUUCUGAUAGAGGACUCUGCUUUACAAACAAAAGGGCCUGAUUAGGGAGCGCAACUUAUAUGGCGACAAAAUAAGGGGUUUUUGCACGUAGUAGGGACCUUACUUUUUUGUUUUAGUCAUUUUUUUUGUAGUUAAAUAUUGCACUGAAUCACAUGCCUGCACAGGAGAUGGCUGCCUAAGGUCUGUGUGAAUGCAGAGGGGCUUUAUUUAUGGUUUUAUCUACCAUGGCAAAGCCUUUGAUUGCAUGAACUGUGGACACUGCAAUACAAGACAGGAGGUCAGCGGUACAAACAAGGAUCAGUUCGACAAAUACCAGCUUGGUCAGGAUAUAACCAAAGCCCUUUGACAAGACAGACAAACAUCUUCUAAAAGAACUGAAAGAGGCGCUUAAAGCCUCAUUGGAUUUUGGGCUGCAUCAGAGGAUUAACCGUCAUUUCUAAAUCAGGCAACAACCAGAAAGAGGACAUUAGCAAUGGCAUGGAAAUACAAGUCCAUCUUUGCCCUUUUCAUCAGAGUCGGGCUUUUGCUCAGCCUGGCCAAUCCAUUGCUGACCUCAGCUUCCUGCCCCUCGCAGUGCCGGUGUGAUGGUACUUUCAUCUACUGCAAUGACCGAGAUUUGACUUCCAUCCCCUCAGGCAUCCCAGAGAAUGCUACAGUACUUUUCCUCCAGAAUAACCGCAUCAAAAGUGCAGGCAUCCCAACAGAUCUGCGUCGACUAAAUCAAGUCGAAAAAAUCUACCUGUACUGCAACAACCUGGAUGAGUUUCCCACCAACCUGCCACUGAAUGUCAAGGAACUUCAUUUGCAGGAGAAUAAUAUCCGGAUGAUAACCAAUGCCUUCCUGGCACAGAUUCCCUUUAUUGAGGAAUUACACCUUGAUGACAAUUCAGUGUCAGCGGUCAGCAUCGAAGAGGGUGCUUUCCGGGACAGCAACCACUUGAGACUGCUCUUCCUGUCACGGAACCACCUCAGCACGAUACCGCCUGGUCUGCCAAUGACUAUAGAAGAGCUUCGCUUUGACGACAACCGUAUCUCAUCUAUCUCUGAAUCAUCCCUGCAGGACCUUAUAAACCUGAAACGACUAGUUUUGGAUGGUAACCUGCUGAACAACAGGGGCAUUGGGGAGAUGGCCUUAGUGAAUUUAGUCAACCUGACAGAGCUUUCAUUGGUACGGAACUCCCUUACGUCCCCACCUGCCAACCUGCCGGGAAUGAGCCUAGAGAAGCUAAAUCUUCAAGACAACCACAUCAACCACGUGCCAGCAGGUGCCUUUGCUUUUCUGCGACAACUGUACCGCUUGGAUUUGUCAGGCAACAAAUUGAGCAGCCUGCCUAUGGGGGUAUUUGAUGACCUGGAUAACCUUACCCAGCUGCUGUUGCGCAACAACCCCUGGUACUGUAACUGCAGGAUGAAGUGGGUACGAGACUGGCUGCGAAGUCUUCCAUCUAAAGUCAAUGUGCGUGGCUUCAUGUGCCAGGGCCCUGACAAUGUCAAAGGUAUGGCUAUCAAGGAUCUAUCAACAGAACUGUUUGGCUGCUCUGAAACAGAGGUUUCAACAACAUAUGAGACCAGCACAGUUUCUAACACACUACCACCUUCUCGACCCCAGUGGCCCUCUUAUGUGACAAAAAGACCUGUGGUUAAGGGGUCAGAGCUGGGUAGAAACUAUCGUAGCACUACACCAUCCAGUCGAAAGAUCAUAACGAUAAGUGUCAAAUCCAGUAGCGCUGAGACAGUGCACAUUUCUUGGAGAGUAUCUCAGCCCAUGACUGCCCUGAGGCUCAGUUGGCUAAAGCUGGGCCACAGUCCUGCUUUUGGAUCCAUAACUGAGACCAUUGUGCAAGGGGAAAGAACAGAGUACCUGCUUACAGCUCUGGAGCCUGAAUCCUCGUAUCGGAUAUGCAUGGUUCCCAUGGAGACAAGCAACAUUUACCUGUCAGAUGAGACACCUGUUUGCAUAGAAACCGAGACUGGCUCUCUCAAAGCAUACAAUCCCACCACAACCUUGAACAGGGAGCAGGAGAAAGAGCCUUACAAAAAUUCCAAUCUGCCUUUAGCUGCUAUUAUAGGAGGGGCUGUGGCCCUUUUGGCCAUCAUCAUGUUGGCCCUGGUGUGCUGGUAUGUCCAUAGAAAUGGUUCCUUAUUUUCCAGGAACUGCACGUACAACAAAGGUCGAAGGAGGAAGGAUGAUUAUGCCGAAGCUGGGACAAAGAAGGACAACUCCAUUUUGGAGAUUAGAGAGACCUCUUUUCAAAUGAUACCCAUAAAUCACAUGCCGGUGUCUAAGGAGGAGUUUGUGAUACACACAAUUUUUCCUCCCAAUGGCUUAAGCCUUUACAAGAGUCCACACAGUGACAACAGCAUCAACAACAGAAGCUACAGAGACAGUGGAAUACCAGAUUCUGAUUACUCUCAUUCAUGAUAGUGUGCACAGAUUACAUAGACAUUGUAUUGUGAAUGAGUGACUCAAAGACUGCUUGGUAUUUUGCAAAACACUGGAUUGAAAAGACUGAGAAAGCAUCGUAAUGUACAUUUGCUAUAUAAUUUAUAUUUAAGGACAAUUUAUUAAAAGGAGAAAAGGUUCCAUUUGCAGGCCAUCACUGAUCCAUCAGUGUGUGCUGCCACAAACUGCAAUUCUAUAUUUUAGAAAUUUGUAGUAAUUUGUACUGUACUUCCUUUACUUAUGGUUUAGACCAAUUAAAAAAUAUUUGUGCUCUACUGAAAUAUGAUGACUUGUCAACUGUGAAAGUGGGUUUUCAUUGCUGUGUUGAACAAUCAGAUAUUAGAAAACCAUGUAGUAUAAGCACAGGUAAAAUUAUGUUGCUGUCAAGCUAUGUUGCUGUCAGUGGAAUAAAAAUACUACAAAAAAGACUGCAGGAAUAUAGGGCUUAGUUGAUCAAAAGAAUUAAAGACUAAAGUGUUUAAUUCUGAGGAGGGCUGGCACACACUUAUUGUGGUACCACAGAAACCUUGGGGUUUCGUGAGGAAUCCCUGUUGCCCUUUUCAGAAUGCUGUCAGGCUUUACGUCUCUGCAGUUUUUAGGAAGCAGAUAUUCAUUAUUUCCUCUCUGGCCUGGAGAGGCAGCAACACAGCACAGAAUCCAAAUCCUGUGCCUCAGCCAGACUGUUCUGCCCCAGCACACAGCAAACGAAGCACACAGAUCAAAUGAGAGGUUAUUUUUCAGUCAAAUCAGAGUGAACGGCUAAAACACAAGAAAAAUCUUGAUUUGUCCGUUCAAGUGAGCAAGGGGAAAUUACAUUUACCAUAUCCUCAGUAAAGUUAACCACAUGCCAUUCUAAACAUUGCUCUCCAAAAUAAACAUUCUGGGCAGAAAUAAAUAUGGCAAGGAAUACAUUUGGGCUCUUUUCUAUUUGAAAUAUAAAGUGUCAACAAUUUUUUUGUUCAUAUGAUUCUUUGUAUUAUUUGAUUUUUUUCUAGUUCAAGCCACUUUUAAGUUGCCACUGUUGAAAGUUAAUUGUUCUUUACAACAGAAGACCAAAGUGCAUUGUAUGCCCUUUGGCCAGUCUUGUAUGUGCCUUGAUCCAAUGCUUAUUGUAUUUAGCUUUUUCAAAAAAAUAAAUCAGUGACAACUUUUUUCAUACACACUUGAAUAUGAAAGGAUACUGGUCAUAUUGCAAAAUAAAAGUGGAUAAA